AUGCCAUAUAUAAUAUCCAGCGCCGCGGCUGUUCGAGACACUGCCAGAAUGAAGCGCUUCAAAAGAGACAAGUACCUAACCAAGUCGUUAUUAGCCGGCGGCGCCGCGGCGGGCGAGACCAGCAGCCCCGACGACAACCAAGAUGCCCUGAAUAAGAACCAGAUACGCCGGGCUCAGGUCCGCCGGGCCCAGAUUCAGCACCGCCAGCGCAAGGCAAACUACGUCAAGCAGCUGGAAAUGGACAUUUCCCAGCUCCGCGAGCUCAUCACCCAGGCCCAGCACGACACCACCGCCCUCAGGCGCGAAAACGACGACAUUGUCGCCAUCCUCGGCCAAAACGGCAUCCCAAGCCCCCCGGGUCUCUCCUACGGCACGGCAUCGCCGGGCGCAGUUACCGUGUUGUCGCCCGACGCGCCGCCGUUGCAGCAGCAGCAGCUUAACACGCCCGCGUAUCCCCUCAUCAACGACAGCAGCACCACCGAGCUGCUUCUUCCCGGCAGCCUGGCCAUGGACGAAGAGCUCAUUGUCACGCUGAGCUCAAACAAGCUCAUGGGCACACCGGCGUUUAGCGUCAACCCCAGCUCCGCCAGCAGCAGCAGCAGCUUCUACGACGAGCCCGUUUCGACAAACUGGUCACAAGGCCAGAUUCAACUCUCACCCACCCAAGAGCUCACCGUCAUCAACUUUAUCCUCGCCUUGGAACACGUCUGCUGGGACCAUUUCUGGCUCGGCGACUGCCACAACCACAGCGCCCAGACGGAAGAGGUCAAGGGCCACACGCUCAUGGCCUCGUCCUACCUCAUGGCCUCGGCCCCCGAGUCCGUCUACGACGAGCGCACCGCCCUCACCAGCCGCUUCCGCAGCUCGCCGGCCCUGCAGUGGCCCGCCCCCGCCGUCACCCUCGACUCGCUCCACGGCCUCGCCCAGUCCCUCAACCCGGGCGGCGUCGACGAGGUCGCCCCCGUCCAGGCCUGGUUCGAGCUUGCCGUCCGCUACCCCAUUGACGUGCUGCUGCGGCCCGCCAUCCUCGAAGCCCUCAAGCGCGAGUUUAAAGGCGUCGUCCGCUGCGUCGCGUUUGGCGCCGCCAUGGAGCGCGGCGCCUUUGAGAGCAUUGUUUUGCGCGUCCUGGGGCCGGGUGUCAUUGCUCCUACAUUGUUGCCUUAG